CUUAAAAUAACUACUACUUGAUUAUCGAGAUUUGGCUCUCUGGGGAAAGGAUCUGGCUGAGUAGAUUUAUUAGUAUCUACUUACGGAGUACAUAGCCUCCCGCCCCCGUCAAUCAGUCCCUAAUAUUGAGUAGACUCCUGUACUUAGCUCUCCUUUCCUGUACAGACGACUUCCUUCCGCCCCCAAACAGGUCGCUUGAAGGCAUGGGGUGCUUACUUAAUAAGUUACAGCGACAAGAGCAAGUUACAUGCAAAUUUGAGUACAGGCUUUCGUUUUCUUAAGUAGUUCAUCUCCAUUAUGCACUACAGUCUGCGUACAAGUCGCACACGCUUCUAGCCAACAUACUAGAGCUCUUCAACUCACACAGUUCAUCCAGAGCAAUGGCUGACAGUAAGAAGCUCACUAUUGUCGUUAUUCCCGGUGCUUGGCAUGUUCCUGCUACCUAUGCAAAGCUCACCGUGGCCCUUCGAAAUGCUGGGUACGAGGUGCAUAUCCCAACGCUACCCUCUGUCAGCAACGAGCGUCCUCCUAAAGCGGACUUGUACACAGACACGGAAGUCGCCAAAGACUUCGUGAGCAAGCUGGCGGAUGGAGGACACACCCUCAUCGUGAUCCUGCACUCCUAUGGCGGACAGGUUGGUACCAAUGCGCUGGCGGAGUUGAGUCUCCAGGCGCGUUCUAAGGCGGGAAAGAUCGGCGGAGUUGCUCACCUCAUCUACAUGUGUGCAACCGUGAGCCUGGAGGGCGGAAGCAUGAUUGACCAUGUCUGGCGUUUCGGCCAUAUGGACUUGGUGCCUCUCGCUUUUGACUUUGCUGAGGAUGAUUCGGUGGUGGUUCGCGCCCCCAAGGUGACAAUGGUCGGCGAAGGUGUUCCCGACGAUGAAGCAGACGCCUAUAUCAACACAUUUCUGCGCUGGAACGGAAAGUGUAUGUACCAGCCUAUCUCACGCUGCGCAUGGGGCGAAAUACCGGUCAGUUACAUCUACACGACUAUUGAUAUGACUGUGCCGCUCGACUAUCAGAAGUCGAUGGUGCGGAUCCUCGAGAAAGAGGGACGUCCCGUCGAUACGUAUGAGCUGCAGACUGGACAUUGUCCGAACUUGACGGCCACUGAUGGAGUUGUGGAUGUGAUUAACAAGGUAACGGCCAAAGUGCAGGUAUAGCUUAGAUAUUUUUGCUUCGGGACAACCAGCUGUAAAUGGAACCUUUCGUCAAAUUUUAUUUCGAAAUCGUAUUUAGACAUAUUUUGCCUUUAUAUUCGAUUCAAUGGAGAAUGGGCAAGAAACACACGUCGAAUAGGCAUCCGGAUCUACUUCGAAAAGAGAGCGAACAGAAAUGAAAUAGACGUCACAUUCGUUUGCUCUACCCACGAGGUCAUUGUGAAGGAAUACAACGUCUUGAGGAAGAUUAUCGUCCCAUCCGCUGGGGGAGAACUGGAUAUAAGGUCCCGAGGAACUAUGCAGCAGCCGCGAUAAUCUUCGAACGCGACACAUCUU